AAGUAUAAAUAAAUGUCAAUGAAUUUAUAAAAAUGUGAAUCGACAAUAUAAUUAUACGUGCUGCCUUGGCAUAUGGGAGUCGAAUGUUUGUGUGAGUGAAAAUUAGGAAAAAUGAAAUCAAGCAAAAGCUCUACUACUGGUGGAUUAUGGGGUGAACUUCCAGUGAGAGAGACUCAUAAGCAAGAAGUUAUUACCCCGGACAUUAUAGAAAAUAUUUGGAGACAAGUUGUGGAUGAAUCUAACAAUUCUGAUUGCGAUUACCAAAUGCACAGACAAUCAGAAUACAUACAAAUGCCUCUGGGAAAUCUGCAGGUUUUAAAUACUGUGAAUUUACGUCAACAAUUGAGAGCGAUGGAGGAUGGAACUAUCUUAAGAAACAUAACUGUAAUCGAAGAUGAAGCUCAGGAAGAGCUAUCCAAAAAUUCGUAUAGCUUUACAUUGCCUAACAAGCCAAACAGGAAGAAAUUUAAAAAUCAUGUCAACAUCUCUCACUUGAAGCCAGCUACCGUUCAAGGAUUAUUAAAGCACGCCGUUGUCAUUCUUUUGGCUCAUAUUGGAUACGACAAAGCAUCGGAUUACGCCAUCGCCACCCUUACAGAUGUCGCGGAUCAUUUUUUAAAGCGGAUGGGUCUUUUAUUGAAAGUGGCGUCGGAAGAAAGAAAUUACGGUUUCCCGGAUGCCCUUGAAAAAGUUCUUGUCGAGGCUAACGUAGGAGGAAUCUUAGGAUUACAUAAUUAUUAUCAAGAGUAUAUUCUCAAACAUGAGAAAAAUGUGAAGCAAAGAGUAGAAAUAAAAAUGGAUCAACAGAGGCAGCUCGAAUUAAAUAUUUGCAAUGCAAAAAUGGAGCUGGACGAAGCUACCAGUAAUCUUCAAUUUGACGAACUUGGGGAAUUUGGCAAUGUAUAUAGAGAAGUACCGACGCUUCAAUUGCUCGACCCAGAAAUGGGUUUUCCACCAAGUUUAGAUGCUGGAUUUCAAAUGCUACACAGUCUUGAACAAGACGAAUUGAACAGCUUAGAAGUGGAGGAAGAGGAGGUAAAUGUGAGCGACUCGCCGAGUACAACGCAUCAAAGAUCAGAUUUUAUGAAGAAAUAGAAAGACUGGAUUAUGUAUUAAUU